AUGCCGCUGGCACCGCGCACCGAAGCGCUCACGGCGUCCGAGCCGGUCUGGGCGGCAUCCGAGCCUCAAGGGUCAGCAGUUGCAACGGAGGCGGAGGGCUUGCGCUUGCACCUCUCGAGCAGCAACAGCAGCACCGGCUACAGGGGCGUAUCGCACCCCUCCUCUGGCCGCUUCCAGGCGAAGCACACGGUGGGCGGCAGGAGUGUCUACAUCGGCGCCUUCGGCACAGCGGUGGAGGCGGCGGUGGCGUACGCGCGGGCGGUCGGCGAGUACCAGCCUCCGACAGUGGCGACGGAGGCGGAGGGCUUGCAGCUGCACCUCUCGAGCAGCGGCAGCACCGGCUACAGGGGCGUGUACGACCAUGACUCUGGCCGCUUCCAGGCGAAGCGCAGGGUGGAUGGCAAGGAGGUUCACCUCGGCACCUUCGACACGGCGGUGGAGGCGGCGGUGGCGUAUGCACGGGCCAUCAGCGAGGCUUCGGCAGUGGCGUUCUCAGCACGUGAGAGCGCGCCGCCCGUCGAGCUUGCCGAUGAGCCCGCCGAACCUGCCGACGGGACGAUCCUCUGCGGCCGCACGCACGAGCACGACGGCGGCGCCGCUGGGUGCGUCCUGCCUGCUGGCCACGCCGGGCAGCACUCCUUCACUCUGCAGGGCAAGCGGGCUCGCUGCGUAAAGCGCCCGUUCGACACAACCGAUGUCGAGGCGGAGAAGCGUGGCGAGGGCGCGUCGACACGGGACGAUUCGGAGGUGGAGGUGGAGACGACGGCUGGAAGGGCGGCACCAGCAGGCUCGGAGGCCACGUCUAGCCGGGAGGCUCUGGUGGCGGAGGCGGAGGGCUUGCGCUUGCACCUCUCGAGCAGCAACAACACCGGCUACAGGGGCGUGCACGAGUACUCUGGCCGCUUCCAGGCGAGGCACAGUUUGGCCGGAAAGGAGGCCUGCCUCGGAACCUUUGGCACGGCGGUGGAGGCGGCGGUGGCGUACGCGCGGGCGGUCGGCGAGUACCAGCCUCCGACAGUGGCGACAGAGGCGGAGGGCUUGCGCUUGCACCUCUCGAGCAGCAACAGCACUGGGUACAGAGGUGUGAGCAAGUACCCCUCCACUGGCCGCUUCCAGGCGCGGCACAGGGUGGACGGAAGGCAGUGGCGGCGGCUGCCAAGCGGCAUGCCCGGCCAGCUGCCUGCCGAGUGGUUCUGCUGGAUGCACCCGGACCCGGCGUGCCGGGUGUGCGAGGCGCCGGAGGAGGAAUCUGGGCCGGGGCAGGCGCCAGCUGAGCGCCAAGCGGCAGCGGUUGCGAGGGAGGCGGAGGGUUUGCGUUUGCACCUCUCCAGCAACAGCACCGGCUACAGAGGCGUGUGGCGUCAGGCCUCUGGCCGUUUCCAGGCGAAGUGCUCGGUGGACGGAAGGGAGGUCGGCCUCGGCACUUUCGACACCGCGGUGGAGGCGGCGGUGGCGUAUGCGCGGGCGGCCGGCGAGUACCAGCCUCCAGCUCAACCUCCUCCGACGGUGGCGACAGAGGCGGAGGGUUUGCGUCUGCACCUCUCCAGCAGCAACAGCACCGGCUACAAGGGCGUGUACGAGCUCGCCUCUGGCCGCUUCAAGGCGGAGCACAAGGUGGACGGCAGGACGGUCUACCUCGGCACCUACGACACGGCGGUGGAGGCUGCGGUGGCGUAUGCGCGGGCCAUCAGCGAGGCUUCGGCAGCGUCCUCAGCACCUGAGAGCGCGACUCCCGCCGAGCCUGCCGACGAGACGAUCCUUUGCGGCCGCACGCACGAGCGCGAUGGCGGCGCCACUGGAUGCGUCCUGCCUGCUGGCCACGCCGGGCAGCACUCCUUCACUCUGCAGGGCAAGCGGGCUCGCUGCGUCAAGCGCCCGUUCGACCCGACCGACGAGGCUCCGGUGGCGGAGGCGGAGGGGCUGCGGCUGCAUCUCUCCAGCAGCAGCGCCGGCUACAGAGGAGUGUGGCGGCACGCCUCUGGCCGCUUCCAGGCGAAGCGCUCGGUGGAUGGCAAGGAUGUUCACGUCGGCUACUUCGACACGGCGGUGGAGGCGGCGGUGGCGUACGCGCGUGCGGUCGGCGUUGUCUGCUGGAUGCACCCGGACCCGGCGGGCCGGGUGUGCGAGGCGCCGGAGGAGGAAUUUGGGCCAGGUCGGGCGCAAGCCGAGCGCCAAGCGGCAGCGGUCGCGACGGAGGCGGAGGGCUUGCGCUUGCAUCUGUCGAGCAGCAACAGCAGCACCGGCUACAAAGGAGUGUGGCUGCACGCCUCUGGCCGCUUCAAGGCGUACGGAUCACAUGUCUACCUCGGCAGCUUUGACACGGCGGUGGAGGCGGCGGCGGCCUAUGCGCGGGCGGUCGGCGAGUACCAGCCUCCGGCGGUGGCCACGGAGGCUGAGGGGCUGCGUUUGCACCUCUCGAGCAGCAACAACACCGGCUACUUAGGCGUGUACGCGCACGCCUCUGGCCGCUUCGAGGCGCAUCACAAGGUGGGCGGCAGGAAGGUCUACAUCGGCAUGCCGGUCGCGGCGCCGGCCGAUGGCAACGAGGCGGCCUGCCCCAACUGCUACUGCUUCGCGUGCGACGCGCCCGUGUCCGCGUGCCGCCACUGGCGGGGCGGCGAGCCGAGGGUGCCGGCGCACUGCAACGCGCACGCCGGCAGCGCCGAGUGGCGCACGCAGCGCUCCAACGCCAAGCGGCAGCGCACGCGGGCGGCGCGGGCGGCGAGGGACCCGCUCGGCCUGGGCUGA